AUGUGUUCAUUAAACAAUGGCGAUCCAGGUGGAGUACAAGAGACGCUUUUAUGGCAGGUUGGGAUUUGUUGUAUCGGUCGACGCCCCCACCCCGCACACUCACGGGGUCCUCGGAUAUUGGCGUUCAUGAUAUCGCCGUGGUACCGCUUCAAGGUGGUCUCCACCGUAGACCUCAUGGCCCGCUUCUUGGGCCAGGCCAUGAUCGCGCAGCUGCUGUGCGGCCCCUCGAGCCCCAUCACGGGGAGCGCCUCCCCCGCCAGGGAGAUGCUGCACCUCGGGGGCGAUACAGCGGAGGAGGGCUUCGUGGCCGCACCAGCCUGA